AUGCCCUCAGCUAAACCAUAUGGUGGCACGACCAGAAAGCUUGUGAUUGCUUUUGACGUUGGAACGACAUACAGUGGUAUUGCGUACGCGCUUCUUGACCCGGGGGAGGUUCCCAAAAUUCAAGGAGUCACUCGUUUUCCAGGCCAAGAGAACGCAGCGGGAGACUCAAAGAUCCCAUCCAUUCUCUACUACAACCCGGAUGGGUCAGUGAGAGCAGUCGGCGCCGAGGCUGCUCUUCCGAGCCUUUCCUUAGACGCUGAAGAUGAAGGCCUGUAUUUUGUAGAAUGGUUCAAACUGCAUCUCCGUCCCGGUGCACUGGCAUCGGAGGAUGCCAUUCGCAGCAGGGUGCCGCCGCUCCCAUUCGGGAAAAGCGUGACCGACAUUUUUGCCGACUUCAUGGCAUACCUGUUCUCGUGCGCUCGAAGGUACAUCAUCGAGACGCACGCGAACGGAGAUCGCCUUUGGAGCUCUGUGGAGAAGAGCAUCGAGUUCGUGCUGAGCCACCCGAAUGGCUGGGAGGGCAAUCAGCAGACCAAGAUGCGGCGAGCCGCGGUGCAGGCUGGCCUCAUCCCGGACACACCGGCGGGAUACGCUCGCGUGCACUUUGUCACUGAAGGCGAGGCGGGCCUUCACUUCUGUGUACAGAGCGGACUCGCGACAGAGUCGGUCAAGAACGGGCAUAGUGUCGUCAUCCUCGAUGCCGGUGGUGGGACUGUUGAUCUGAGUACAUACAAGUUCGCGUCGGUGCUGCCUAUGGCCGUCGAAGAGAUCGUGGCGCCUGAUUGUAAGUGUAUAAUGCAGGGCUCCACCACAGUGAAUGCACGCGCGGGCAAAUUCCUGGAAGCAAAACUUAAGGACUCCGCAUAUGGCAACGAGGAGGACAUCAGGACGAUGCUCGAGUGCUUCGAGAAGUCAACGAAACCUAUCUUCAAAGAUGCUAGCGAGACGUCGUAUAUUCGAUUCGGAUCGAUGUCCUGCAACGACCCUGCUGUCGGGAUACGGAGAGGUCAACUGGUUCUCGCAGGGAGUGACGUCGGGUCAUUCUUCCAGCCGGCGAUCGACGCCAUUGUGGAAGCGGUCCAAAAGCAGAAGGAAUCCGCUCCGGCUGAAAGCCCUCUCGGAGUCGUUUUCUUGGUGGGCGGCUUCGCGGCAAGUCCGUGGCUCUUCUCGCAACUCCAGAAUGCGUUGUGGGACUAUGGUCUCAGCGUCUCGCGCCCGGACCGACACACGAGCAAGGCAGUCGCGGAAGGCGCAGUAUCAUUUUACCUAGACCACUGGGUCUCUGCCCGCGUCGCGCGCGUGACGUACGGGAUCGAAUGCACGACCCACUACAAUGAGUCGAAGCCCGACCAUCUGCAGCGCCGCGGAAAUGUCCGCACACGGCCGUCGGGGAGACAGGUCAUCCCUGACCACUUCUCCGCCAUCCUCGCCAAGGGCACCCGCAUCCGCGAAGACGAGGAGGUGUCGCAUGGAUACUACAAGGAGGCACGCGAGGCGGUGACGCUCAACAGGAUCACCGCGGAGAUUACCUGCUACCGUGGCAGAUCGAAGGAGCCGUGCUGGACGGACAUCGAGCCAGAAAUGUACUCGACGCUGUGUACGGUGCACGCGGACACCUCGCGCGUCCUAAAGGUGAUGCAGCACGGAGAAAACGGCAUCUACUAUACACAGGACUACAAGGUGGUCCUGCUGUGCGGCACGACGGAACUGAAAGCGCAGAUCAGCUGGAUGGAGGAUGUAGGUGGCUUCAUUGCGAUCUCGUGA